ACCAAAACCAAAAGGGCAUAAAAAUAUAUAAGUACUCCUACCACAGUACUCUCAGUCUCAUCAUCCCAUCAGACCCACACCUCUCCAACCCCAUCACCCCAACAAGCCACUUACCAAGUUACCUCCCUGUCUAGACUCUCUAUAAAAAUUUCUAUAUAACUGAUAGAAUUCUAUAACAUACAUAAUUUAGCUGUGUUGCCACCUUUUCUCUCUAUAUAAUUUUUGUUAAUUGUUAAGAGAAAUAAAGAAGAAGGAAGAAAGAUCAAAUGGAAGAGAUGAAACCUGCAUGGUUAGAAGGAUUAAUGGCUGAAAAAUUCUUUGCAAGUUGUGGAGUCCACCAUAAUAGGAGGAAAAAUGAGAAAAACAUCUUCUGCUUAGAGUGUUGUCAAAGCUUUUGCCCUCACUGCCUUCCUUCUCAUCACUCCCAUCCUCUUCUCCAGGUGAGAAGAUAUGUAUACCAAGAUGUUAUAAGAUUGGAUGACCUUGAGAAGCUUAUUGACUGUUCCUACAUUCAGCCUUACACAAUAAACAGUGCCAAAGUUAUAUUCUUGAACCAAAGAGCACAAUCAAGGUCAUGCAAGGGUUCUGGCAACUCUUGUUUCACUUGUGACAGAGUUCUUCAGGACCCCUUCAACUUUUGCUCUCUCUCUUGCAAGGUUGAUUAUAUGGUGUAUCAAGGUGAAGACCUAUCAAAUAUCCUCUAUAGGUUUGAUGAGUCUGACUUUGCACUCUCCCAAUUCGAGGGACUCCACGUGGACACCUCUGAUUUGCUGGACGAGGAAAGCCAAAUUACCCCAAACUCCAUUCUAGAAGAUCCAUUAGAAAGCAGAGGCUCAUCUUGCUCAAAUAAUGUCAUGGACAAUUCUGGUAUUUCACACGAUGGCCGUAUCGUCAAAAAUAAGAAAAAGGGCAGUGGGUUUUUCACUGGCCUUGUGCUUUCAUUGAGCAAUAGGAGAAAGGGAGCCCCUCAAAGAUCCCCGCUUUCUUGAAAAUAAAUAAAUUAGUCAAUAUUCUCAAAUAAUUUAUAUUUGUAGUACUUCUUGUAAUAUUAGCAUUAUUAGUUUGUGAACUUUAUGUAUUUUUUAGCGUCUUAGGUUUUGGAAUUUAGUAUUACCAAAAAAUGAUUCCAUUGUGAGCCAUAGGUUGAUGUUAGAGAGGCUCUCUCUAAGUAUCACCAAUUUUGUACUUGGUGGCUGGUGCAAUGGAACUUGAACAUAUAUUAUAUAAAUAUAAGUAGCUCCUAA